UAGCUCAAAUAUCCCAUGAACAUCCAUUUUGCAUGCUUCUUAUAUAAUAGAAGAAAACGAUGUCUCCUCAAGAAAUUGAUUUAAUCCCAUUCUUUUUCAUCAUCCUCUCUUUUGUUUCCUGCAGUUUACAAGACAUCCCACUCAACAAGUAUGUUGAGGAAGCAUCUCAAUUCGGUUCCCAAGCUUAUCCUUCAUACUUCGACAUGAUCGAUGACGGCGGUAACUUCUCCAAAGACUUGAUCAAGCAAAGUUCAGAUGUCCUAAGUUUGAAGAGCUUCGACAAAGUGGAUGGCACUUCAGCUUCGGUAAAUGUCAAUGAUUUUGGAGCUGAGGGUGAUGGAGAAACUGAUGACACAGAGGUGAUAUUCUUCUUAAACCAAAGUGGUGGUUAUUUUGUGGCUUCCACGAGGGCGUUUGCGAAGGCUUGGAAGGUAGCUUGUUCAUCUAAUGAUGAAGCUGUUCUGGUGGUGCCUGAGAAGAUCUAUCACCUUAAACCAAUUCGAUUUUCAGGCCCUUGCAAAUCUGAAGUUACGGUUCAGAUUCUUGGAACCUUAAAAGCUUCUGAUAAUCGACCGGACUUCAGCCAAGAUGGUAGACACUGGCUUGUCUUUGACACCGUCCGAAAUUUAUUGGUUGAAGGUGGUGGAGUCAUCAAUGGCAAUGGGGAACAAUGGUGGCAAAACUCAUGCAAAAUCAAUAAAUCUAAGCCCUGCAAGGACGCACCAACGGCACUCAUCUUUCAGAAGUGCAAGAAUUUGAGGGUGAAUAACCUGAACAUACAAGAUGCGCAACAAAUUCAUGUGUCUUUCCAGAAGUGCAUGAACGUUCAAGCUUCCAAUCUCUCAAUAAUUGCACCAGAGAAAAGCCCCAAUACUGAUGGAAUUCAUGUCACAGAUACGCAAAACAUACUCAUCACAAACUCUGUUAUAGCCACAGGUGAUGAUUGUCUUUCAAUUGUAAAUGGAUGCGAAAAGGUGCAAGCCACGAACAUUACCUGUGGACCAGGUCAUGGAAUCAGUAUUGGAAGCUUGGGAUCUGGAAAUUCAAAAGCUUAUGUUUCAGAAAUUACAGUCACUGGAGCUAUACUUUCUGGAACCACAAAUGGGGUUAGGAUUAAGACAUGGCAGGGAGGAUCCGGAAGUGCAAGCAACAUCACAUUUGAGAACAUUGAAAUGCACAAUGUUUCCAACCCGAUAAUUAUCGACCAAAACUACUGCGACAACAGAAAGAAACCUUGCAAAGAACAGAGAUCAGCAGUUCAAGUGGAAAAUGUGGUGUACAAGAACAUUAGCGGAACAAGUGCUUCGGAUGUUGCGAUAAAAUUCGAUUGCAGCAAGAGCUUCCCUUGUAAGGGGAUUGUGUUGCAAGGUAUUAAUCUCCAGCGCGAAGGAGGGAAAGCAGCUAAAGCAUCAUGCAACCAUGUCAAUGUGAAUAGCAUAGGAGAUGUUUCUCCACUUUGCCAUUAUAGUUAGAACAAGGGCAAUAUAUACAAGAUUUGCCAAUAUAUAUGCCAAUAUAAAUAUAAUAUGAUAUGACAUCUUCUAUUCAAAAUUGUUGUGCCCGCGCCUACCCUUAAUAUGGU